UGCAUCUUCCUGUGUUGUAGUGCUCGGCAGAGUGUGGUGCUGGAGUACGGACACGCUCGGUGGUGUGCAUGACCAACCACGUCAGCAGCCUGCCCUUGGAGGGCUGUGGAAAUAACCGGCCUGCAGAGGCCACCCCAUGUGAUAAUGGACCCUGCACAGGCAAGGUAGAGUGGUUUGCUGGGAGCUGGAGUCAGUGUUCCAUUGAGUGUGGAAGUGGGACACAACAGAGGGAAGUGAUUUGUGUCAGGAAGAACACAGACACCUUUGAAGUACUGGAUCCCUAUGAGUGUUCCUUCCUAGAGAGACCCCCUAACCAGCAGUCCUGCCACCUCAAGCCUUGUGGAGCCAAAUGGUUUAACACAGAGUGGAGUGUGUGCUCAAAGAGCUGUCAGGGUGGCUUCCGGGUCCGGGAAGUGCGGUGUCUGUCAGAUGACAUGACCCUAAGUAAUCUCUGUGACCCUCAGUUGAAACCAGAAGAGAGAGAAUCUUGUAACCCUCAGGACUGUGUCCCUGAAGUUG